GUUCGUUUGCAGAGUUGUUUGCCGCCGGCUCUUUACUGACGCAUUAUCGAUGUGUACCAUGGAAGGCUUCAGAUUCAACGCAAAACGAGUGCUGUGUAUAAUUUAACCGGGAAGAUGAUGGGCGGCUGCUUUCAAUUCUUUAAAAUGCAUGAGAACACUCGGAGCAAGUGGUUCAGCCGCCUUUCGGUGGAAUAACUCUGGCCUGUGCACUAAUCAAGACUACGACCCGUGCUGCUCAUCGAGACGCCAUCGAAGGCUUCUUCUUCGCUGCCACCUGCGGGAUAUUUGUGGUUCUGGCGGUCGCACUCGGCUGGGUGUACUUCCUGAACGUCGCCAGACAACGGGCCGCAAUCCAGCUCGUAUCGGUGAAGCACAGGACCUGCGAGACCCGUGACUGCCAGCGUCACGCCCUGCUGCUCACCGUUGGCCUCAACCGGAGCGCGGAUCCGUGCCACGACUUCAGCGCCUACGUGUGCUCGGCCUGGUCGCCCGGCGGUGGCGGAAGCCGCUCGAGCCGGGAUCGCUCGACAGAAGCCUUCGAGUCGCAGCUGAACGACGUCCUGAUCGCGUGGCUCGGAGGCCUAGAGGACCUCUUGAUUAGCGGUCUAGACGUGGAGAAAGUCGCCAGCAAGCCCCUGGCACUGAUGCGCAGCUGCCAGAAACGAGGGCGUCGCGCCAGCGCUGACGACCUCGAUGAAUUCCGGGAGUUCAUCACCAUGCUGGGACUGUGCUGGCCUGACGACAACUGCUGUGACGUCAGCGCCCUGGGCGUCCUCAUAGGGCUCGUCUACAGGUGGGACCUGUGCUUCUGGCUGCGAAUCCGGGUACUGCGGAGUUCGAAGUCUAACGGAACCGAACGUCGCCUGGCACUGUACCCCGGCCCGAGAGUUCUCGUGCAGCGAUUCGCGGCAAGGCACGCUCACUUAGUGAUGAAGGGUGCCUACGUCGAAUACUGGACGCAUCAUCGUGACGCUCUCUUGACGGAGAGCGCUUCCAACGGGUCCUCGUGGCCCCCGCCCCCUUCUCGAGAGAGCAUCGAACGUGUCAUAACGACCGAACACGUCAUCGCUUCGGCGCUCUUACGCAGCGCAGCCAAGGAGACUCUGGAGCCGAUGAACAUGCCGAUUUCAGAUUUCGGCUACUACGCGGGCAAUGUCUCAUCGAAGGAAUGGCUCGACAAGUUAAACGCCAACGUCGCGGACGAGUCGACGGCGACGCCGUUCGCGAUGGAGGAUCUAGUCCUCGUGGCGGACGCUUCAGUCCUGGAGGCCGUCGGGACGAUCUUCGGCGCCCACACGGACCGCGAAAUCGUGGCUCACCUGUCCUGGCAAUUCGUCCAGGAAUACGGCGCCGUGGUCGACUCGGGUCUCGGACGGCUCUUCGAGGACGGCUGGGACGGGGCGUUCUGCGCCAGGCAGGUCGAAAGGAUCUACGCUCCGCUCGUGGCGACGUUGCACUGGAAGCUUCGCACCGGCGACGCCGAGAGGCAACUUCUGGAAGCCAAGCUGCGCAGCCUGGUCGACCGGACGGCUCGGAUGGUCGACUCCCAGUGGUGGCUUGCUCAACCGGACAGGCGUGUCGCCGUGGAGAAGCUUCGAGCGUUGACCGUCCGGCUGUGGCUGCCGAAUCAGCUGCAGCCGGAGCUCGGCCGAGUCUAUCGCGAUUUCCCCAACGGCACGGCGGCGGACGAGUCCUUCGCGAAGACGUGGAUUAGGAGCAGGACAGCGCUCGCUCGCCAAGCUUUUCGCCGCUCCCGACAGUUUCUCUCGAGCUACAGUCCGACGCUGUCGCCGCUGAUGAUCGGGUACGACUACCUGGACAACGCUGUGGACGUUGCCGCGGCGUCGCUGACCGGUCCGCUGUACUACGUCAACGCUACUCCAGCCAUGUUCUACGGCGGCAUCGGCUUUUACUUCACCGCCGAGAUGAUGCGGUCGCUGGACUGGACUGGUCUUAAGGUCGUUGCGGACGGCAGCGUCGUCUCGCCUUCCUGGAUGAGCGAGACCAGCCGCAAGGCCGUGGAGAGCCGCUUGAGCUGCCCCACGACGGGCGUUACAAACCACGCGCUUCUGCCUUACCUGCCGGCCCUGGAGGUGGUCAGGCAAGCCUUCUUCGAGGACGCGUCCGCGUCGGCGCACCGACUCGAGAUUGGUGACGCGCUCACUGAGCCGAGAACGUUCUUUAUGACGCUGUGUCGCAUGGUCUGCUCCAGUCUGCCGUGGGCGGGAGCGGCCCUGGACUGCAGUGCGGUCUUGAGAAACUCUCGCGACUUCGAAACGACGUACCGCUGCAAAAUUGAUUCUCCGAUGAAUCCUUCGAGGAAGUGCGGCUUCUUCAGUUAGCGUGUAUUCUACCUCGUCGCUCUUCCUUGUGUUGCGUUGUGUCUACUGUCUGUGAGAUUGUUCGUGUUCCUGCGGUUCAUUCCAAGUUUCACUUACUCUGCGCGAUCUUGACUGCGCGUACCGAUUGUGCGCAUCUGUCGGCGUGGCACACUUCAGUUAGAGAUGUUCAGUGGCAUGUAUACCCUUACCCUGCGCUACUUUUAAUUACGAUCAUUGAUAAAUGUUUUUUUUAUGGUUGAAAAACCUGUUUUUGGUCAACAAGUUUCAAGAACAGCCGGCA